GAGAUUCGAUUGAAGGAAUAUAUGAAAGUUUAAAAGAUAUUGCCCUGAUAUCAAAGAAUUGUGGUGGGAUUGGAAUCGACGUUAGUGACAUCCGUGCAAAUGGUGAUUAUAUUAAAGGAUCUAGUGGAUAUUCUUCCGGUGUAUGUAGAAUACUUCGUGUUUAUAAUGAAACGGCCAAGUACGUUGACCAGGGAGGUAACAAACGUAAGAGAGUGAUUAUGGCAAACCUAGCGAUUUGGCACUAUGAUGUCGAGGAGUUUUUACGAAUCCGCCAUGAGUCACAGGUACCAGAGUUACGUACAACAGAUUUGAAUCACUGUAUUGCCAUUCCAGAUAUAUUUAUGGUACGCGUUCUAGAUGAUGAUUACUGGACCAUCUUUUCACCCAUAGAUGCAAAGUCAUUACUAGGAUAUGAACUAAACGGAUUAUAUGGUCAGAAAUUUGAUGAUGCAUAUAUUCGUUGUGAG